CUAAGAAAACCAACGGGAAGUGGGAUAUCAUGACUUUUAUCCUGGCUCCCAUUGUACCGAACGGGGACGGCUCUCAAGGCAGACGGAUCACACCGAAGGAAUUCGACGUCGCACUGGCUCAUACAUACCACUGGUAUGCUGUUGCUGGUCAGCACACGGCUGAGGCAAUGAACAGACUCAUUAAGGACAAGUCACCGGCCGAGAAAGUGUACGGCUUGAGGUCGUACUCUCACGUACGCGUUGUCUACUUUGACGACGACAAAAAGAGAGGAUAUCCGUACGUCUCGACAUUCCACAACACAAGGGAGGAGCGUUCCAUCCCAAGAUCGUUUUCAUCGUCUGUGCGGCAAAUCAGAAGAUUUUGGGAUAAGAGGAAUGACCGGAUCCGUCCUCCGGGCACCGUGUCCCCGAAUGACGCCGAGGGAAUGGAACGGAAAAAGAAGUGGGAGGCGUUCAUGAACGCCGCCUGCAAAAUAACACCUGAUUCCGGUCUCAUGAACUCGUCCCUGGAGAACAACUACUGCAAGGAUUGGACGAACAAGAUGCGCAGAUGCAUGAAUCUUGCGCAGUGCGGCGAGACGGUAUGGCCACUGGUAGACAAAUUCUUUGGCAUGUACGAGAAAGGACUAUUCCCAAGAAUCGACGGUGUGAGAUACGUCGAUCUGCCGGGGAAAGUGGAAGGGAGGCUGCCUGGGCAAUACUUGCUCAAGGACAACUCCGACAAAAAAGUCCUAUACCACUGCAUCAAGGCCAGAAAGGAACCGCAAGGCGCAACGGUGUCUAUACUGGACUUGACGCCCUCAAUCUUUAAACUGUUUGGCGAUAUGACAGUGAGAGAGAAGCAAGUGGCGCUGCACCACAUGAUGCGUGGUGAUGUCAUCGUGACAUCACGUACGGUACCUCGUGGUAGAUGCAACAUGGCAAACUUGGUAAAAUAUACUCGGCGUGAGAGAUAUAUGGUCCGUAUGUUCAACUACAUAUUGUUCAAGGUCGAGGGGAGGUCAAAGGAAGUGUGGAACGCUGACUUCUUCAUCGGUUAUACGACCAUCUUGGAAAGGUUCAGCAAAAACGGCCUCACUGACGAGAAAUGGACAGAGGAACGCGACCACAUCCCUGACAACAAGGCCAGGAAGGUGCCGAGGCGUUUGUGCGGUCCUGAUGAGAUUCAUGAUGGGAACGGUGCGGGGCUGGAGGCAACCCAGGCCAUGUACAAGGAAGCCCCGUUCCACCUCAAGUGACCGUCUCAGCCGUCCACCCGGCAAGACGAAGGCACCCCUGUCAUUACAUACAGAAGGAAGGGCUUGACAACCGGUUUGUCUGCUGCCCGCCAGAAGAACUAUGGUGGUGCGUCCGGGAGGGCGGCCCUGCGGGAGGUAAGUGAAGGAUCGGACGAGGAAACGGAGUAUGAUCCUCGGAUUCGUGUUGAUCGGCAUCCGCAGGGUGAUCAUGCCUUGGACGAUGAGGAAUUUGGGGUCGAAGAGGACAAUGUCGAAGAGGAGAAAAGGGAGAGAGAGAGAGAGGGAGAGGAUCGUGAGGAUUCUAUGCAGGACUGCGAGGACGGGGAGUCUCGACAGUACGACGAGGGGGACUGUGGGGCGAUGGAGAAAACGAUGAUGCCUAUCCUGGCGAUGACGAGGAUGAAGGGCAAAAAGGGUCGGCUGAUGUGGAGGUCGAUGAGGGAACUGGAGAUCGGUCGGAGGGAAGUGUGCACAAAAGGAAGCGGCGAUCUUCAAUAAGUCCAACGGCGACGAUGGAUAAACAUGCUGCGAAGAG